AUGGACCUACAGAGCGUGCUGCGGCAGAAGGAUGCUGAGCUGGAGCAGAGGGCGGCCUUGCUGCUGAAGACCAAGGCCGCCAUUGAGCAGCUGCAAGAGGAGCUGGCGGGCGCACGGCAGGAUGUGGACAAAUGGCGCCGGGCAGCGGACCGGCAGGGCGGCGAGCUGGCGGAUGCGCAGCGCCAGGUGCAGCUGCUGGAGGCGGAGGUGGAGGGCAAGGCGAGGGAGGGCAACGCCCUGCUGGCAGACACCCUGGACCUCAAGGCGAGCGCGCCAGCCUGGCAGCCACGCCCGCGCCAGCUACAGGAGGCGCAGGAUGGGCUGCACAGCGCCGCCGACAGCCACUCCCAGCAGCAUGCCGCGCUGGCGAGCAGGGUGCGGGAGGCGGAGCGCGCGCUGGCUGGCUGCCAGGCGGAGACGAAGGCGGAGCGGGAGCAGGCGGCGGCGCUGCAGGCGCUGGUGGUCGAGAAGGAGCGGGGGCUGGGGGAGCAGGCAGGCGCCCUGCAGCGGCUGGACCAGCAGCGCAUCAAGGCGGAGGCUGCUGCUGCUGAGCUGGCAGAGCAGCUGGGCGCUGCACAGCGCCAGGGCAGGGAGGCAGCGGCGGUGGCAGAGCAGGCACAGGCUCGAAUGGCAGGCAGGGUGCAGCAGCUGGAGGCGCAGCUGGCAGCGGCAGCUGAGGCGCGGCAGCUGGCCCAGCAGGCAGCAGCUGCCGCCAAGGAGGCGGUUGCGGAUGAGCAGAAGCGGCACGCGCUGGAGGGCAGUGCGUGGGAGCGGCGCCUGCGGGAGCAGCAGCAGGAUGCGGCGGAGCGGCUGCAGAGGCGGGAGGAGGCAUGGGCUGGGCAGCGCGAGGCAGCGCAGCGUGAGGCGGCGGCAGCGGCCGAGGAGGCACGCCGCCAGCUGACCAAGCGGCUGUAUCUGGCUGAGGGGGAGUGGGCGCGCAAGCUGCAGCAUUGCUCGGCGGACUGGGCUGCCAAGCUGGAUGCAGCAGGCGCCGACUGGCUGCGGCGCAGCGACGCCGACAAGGCGGCCUGGGCGGCGGAGCGGGGCAGGCUGCAGGAGGAGGUGGAGGGCAGGGUGGCGGAGGCGGAGCAGGCCGGAGCGGCGGCUGUGGAGGAGGUGAAGCGGCACUACCGGCGCAGGGUGGCGCUGGCAGAGGCCAAGGCGGCUGCUGCGGCGCAGGCCGCAGACAGGGUCUGGCAGCAGCGGCUGGAGGCUGCGGCCGCCAAGGCGGAGCGCGAGCAGCAGGCAGCCACCGACAGCUGCGCCGCCGCUGCAGCUCAGCGCGAGCAGCAGCUGGCCGCCCAGCUGUCGGCGGCCCAGGAAGCUGCCGCCGCCAAGCUGGCCGAGCAGGACAAGCAGUGGAGCCUGAAGCUGGCAGCCGUGGAGGAGUGGGCCCUGAGGGAUCGGCACGAGCUGGAGCGAAAGUGGGCGGAGAAGCUGCAUGCCACGGACAGGGCGGCCAGCGAGGCGCAGGCGGCGCUGCGGAGCCAGCUGGAGGCGCGCCUGGCUGCAGUGACGAUGCAGGUGGGCAGCAUGGUGCAGAAGGAAGGCAAGGGGGAGCGCAAGAGAGCCGAGCUGCUGCGCCGCAUGGCUGAGCUGGAGGCGAGCGGCGAGGGGGAGCGGGAGCGGCGGCGGGAGGUGGAGGCGGCGCUGCAGGAGGCCUCCUCCAUCUUCAAGCGGGAGCUGGCGGACAAGAGCCAGCAGCUGGACCUGCUGCGCCAAGAGAUCAGGCACCUGCGCAGCUGGGCUGGCGGGGAUGCCAGCGCCGUGGCCGCCCUCCCCACCUCGGUCAGCACUCUCAACAGCAUGGCCGGGCUGGCCGCGGCGGCGACUUUGGCCACGCUGAGCUCCCCGCGAUGCUCCAGCCCCUGCGCCGCCGCAUCCCCCACCGUGCUUCGCAGCUGGCGGGCGUGCUGCAGCGGCAGCCCUGCACACGUGCACUGCUUCAGCGCGCCCGCCUCCCCGGCUCACGACGCCGCCGCGGCAGCCGCCACGGCCGCCAGGGCGGUGGAGGCAGAGGUGAAAGCGCUGAGGUCUGCGCGGCGGGCAUACCAGCGCGCCGCUCUGGGGCAGCAUGACCUCUGCGCCAACGUGGCACGCACCAUCAACGAUGCUCUGAGGAGGGACGAUGCAGCGUCCGCCGCUGCCUCACCGCAACCAAUGCCGUCCCGCCCGCACUCUGCUGGAAGCGCCGGCAUUCUGGCGGUGCGCAGGCGCAAGUGGCAGCGGGACCUGGCUGAGGAGCUGCGGGGCCUCUGCUGA